UUUACUUCAAUAGUUGCUUGUGCUUUGGUUUUCUGACAAUUGGACACGAAACUCCAUUUGACGCUGGAUUUAGGGCACCCUCUCGUUAACGCCUCACACAAGAGCGUCAAGUAAGCUCCGUGCACACUCAUUUGCAACAAUGCAGCUUAAAUUAGAUCUAGGACUGCUGGACGGGCCAUCCGCCCGGCCUGGCGCUGCGUGUGCACCAGCGGAUCUGGCGCUAAACGUCGCGAGUGCGUCGUUCCCACUCCCGGCUGUGCAAGACGUGGAUAAGUUUGAGCGGGAGGUGGUGGAGAUGGUCAAGCCCUGCCACGGCACGACCACCUUGGGCUUCAUUUUCCAGCACGGUGUUAUCAUCGCCGUGGACUCCCGCGCAACGAUGGGCGCCUACAUCUCAUCCCAGACCGUGAAGAAGGUCAUUGAGAUUAACAAGUUCCUGCUGGGCACCAUGGCGGGCGGCGCGGCGGACUGCCAGUUCUGGCAGCGCAACCUGGGCAUGCAGUGCCGGCUGUACGAGCUGAACAACGGCAAGCGCAUCACCGUGCGCGCCGCCUCCAAGCUCCUGUCCAACGUCAUGUUCUCCUACCGCGGCAUGGGGCUGUCCAUGGGCACCAUGGUGGCGGGCUGGGACCCCACCGGCCCGGGGCUGUACUACGUGGACUCGGACGGCCAGCGCACCAAGGGCCAAAUCUUCAGCGUGGGCUCGGGCUCGCUGUACGCCUACGGUGUGCUGGACGCCGGAUACCGCUGGGACAUGCCCGUGGAGGAGGCUGUGGAGCUGGGCCGCCGCUCCAUCUACCACGCCGGCUUCCGCGAUUGCGCCUCCGGCGGCACCGUGUCGGUGUACCACGUGACGCAGGACGGCUGGACCAAGGUGCGCGGCGACGACAUCUCCGAGCUGCACUACCAGUACUACCCCGACCCCUCCCAGCACCCCGCCACCGCCAACGCCGUGGUGUAAGCGGCGGAGCAGCAGCAGCAGCAGCUGGAGGCGCCGGAGGAGGCGGAGGAGGCGGGGCCGGAGCAGGUGGUUUAAGUGGAGCAGGUGGUGGGUGAAGGGGCUGGCGGCGGUGCGGUGCGGCGGCGCGCGCCAGGAGCACGCGGCGGCGCCGCGGAGCCUGGCACGCUGCGUCGGGGCCAUGGAGCAGGGCCAGGGCGGCGGCAGACUGGUGGCGGCAGGGCCGGCGGCAGCGGCGGCGGCGGCGAGUCCCAGUAUCGGGGUGGAGCUGCAGGCGGCGGAUGGAGGAGAUGGAGGAAGAGAAGCAGCAGCAAUGGGGGAACUGUCGGUGGUCUGGUAGCGGUACUGGUUGUGCUAGGCGCAGCAGGGAGCGGCGGUCGCGUAACGACGCUGUUGAGAGGAGGUCGGCGGCAGCCCUGGAUCGGGCGGGGCAUAGUAAGGAGGUGGAGAGGGUAGCUGCCGCAGCCCAAAUGUAUGUAUAACCGGCGCAGUGCUUAGGGAGCCGUUGGUUCGGGGUCGGGGUGAACCCGCGAGACGGAGGUUGGUGGGAUGGGCCUGUGCGGGGCCGGGAGUAGGUGUGUACUAGAUCUGGGCAUGCGGAUGAGGCGCUUUGUUGCCCCUGACGGAAGGCGGAUUGUAUAGCAACUGACACGAAUGACACGAAUGACCUGCACCGCGUUGCAGCUGGUGUCAUGAGGUGGCUUGCGUUGCGAUGGAUUAAGUGCCACUGCUGUGACGACUGUAUGGGCGCAAAUGUAUUAUGGGUGUGUAGACAGCGCUGGCGCGAACGGAUGGCACGGCCAAGCACGCUUUGCAUGUUACCUGAUGAUAUACA